AUGGAUGAUAGCCACGAGUCAUCUCAGCAAGCCAACACCAUCACGAUUCCCGUGCGUAACUUCCCUAGUAGCAGCGCUGUCUACAGAUUUGGUGCCGAAUCUGAGUACGUCGGCCUGGAGACUUCCACAAGUAACACCAUCACCAUCCCCUGCCACCACAUUCGUAUUGGUGAUCUCCUGAUCCUUCAGGGCCGCCCUUGCCAGGUCAUCCGCAUCACCACCUCCUCCCAGACUGGCCAGCACCGCUACCUCGGUGUUGAUCUCUUCACCAAGCAGCUCCAUGAGGAUUCUAGCUUCAUCUCCAACCCUGCCCCCUCUGUCGUUGUCCAGAAUAUGCUUGGUCCUGUCUUCAAGCAGUACCGUGUUCUCGACAUCCGCGAGGACGGUCGCGUCGUCGUCAUGACCGAGGGUGGUGAUGUCAAGCAAGGUCUCCCUGUUCUCGACCAGGAGGGUCUCUCAUCUCGCCUUAUUGAAUCUUUCGACAGUGGCAAAGGUACUGUUCGAGCCAUCAUCGUCAGAGACAAUGACAUGGAGUUGAUCGUUGAUUAUAAAGUUGUAUCUGGAAGGUUGUAG